UGACAUACUACCAGGAAGUGAAGUGAAUAACAGAUAAAAAAAAUGCACUGUGCUUUAUUGUGGAUCAACUUCAGCAGGUUGAGAGGUUAAUCAAGGCCGACUCAGGAAGUUGCAGUGAUUGAAACCAAGCCAGCUUCCUCUUUCCAAACUGCUCCCAACAUAGCUUCAGAAAGGAAGCUAGCUGCGCAAGAAGCUGAAGCGCCAAAGUCAAUUACCUGCGCAAGAGCGGGCACCACGGGGCGAUGUCGGCCGGCUGCCCCCCGCAGUCCCCCGCCGUGGCUAAGACUGAGGUGCCGGUGGAGGGGGAGUGUCCCCUGCUGGCCGCCACCUUCGCCUACUGGGACAACAUCCUGGGCCCGCGGGUGCGCCACAUCUGGGCGCCCAAGAGCGAGCAGCCGCUGCUGCUGCUGAGCGACGGCGAGAUCACCUUCCUGGCCAACCACACGCUCAACGGCGAGAUCCUCCGCAGCGCCGAGUGCGGCGCCGUGGACGUCAAGUUCUUCGUGCUGGCCGAGAAGGGCGUCAUCAUCGUGUCGCUCAUCUUCGACGGCGAGCUGAAGGGCGACAAGAACACGUGCGCGCUCUCCAUCAUCCUGCUGCAGACGGAGCUGGCCUUCUACCUGCCGCUGCACACCGUCUGCGUGGAGCGCCUCAAGCACAUCAUCCGCAAGGGCCGCAUCUGGAUGCAGAAGGGCUACAACAUCAUCUCAGUGCUGACGUCUGAGAUCGUCCCCAUCAUGGAGCUGCUGUCCUCCAUGAAGACCCACAGCGUCCCGGAGGACAUUGAUAUUAAGGACACCGUGCUAAACGACGAUGACAUCGGGGACAGCUGCCAUGAAGAUUUCCUGCACAAGGCGAUCAGCUCCCACCUGCAGACCUGCGGCUGUUCCAUGGUGGUGGGAAGCAACCCGGACAAAGUCAACAAGAUCGUUCGAACUCUGUGCCUCUUCCUGACUCCUGCGGAGCGCAAGUGUUCCCGCCUCUGCAGGGCUGAGUCCUCCUUCCGCUACGACACCGGCCUCUUUGUCCAGGGCCUGCUAAAGGACUCGACGGGCAGCUUCGUGCUGCCCUUCCGCCAGGUGCUGUACUCGCCCUACCCCACCACGCACAUCGACGUGGAUGUCAACACCGUCAAGCAGAUGGCGCCGUGCCACGAGCACACCUACAACCAGCGGCGCUACAUGCGCUCCGAGCUCACCGCACUCUGGAAGGCGGCCAGCGAGGAGGACGUGGGCCCGGACACCGUCAUCCACACCGACGAGAACUUCACCCCCGACCUGAAUGUGUUUCAGGAUGUCAUGCACAAAGACACCCUGGUGAAGUCAUUCCUGGAUGAGGUCUUCCUGCUCAGACCGGGCCUGGGCCUCCGAAGCACCUUCCUGGCGCAGUUCCUGCUGCUGCUCCACCGGAGGGCGCUCACACUGCUCAAGUACAUAGAAGAUGAGACGCAGAAGGGGAAGAAGCCGUUCCGCUCGCUGCGCAGCCUGAAGACGGACCUGGACCUGACGGUGGAGGGUGACCUGAACAUCGUCAUGGCGCUGGCGGAGAAGCUGAAGGCGGGCCUUCACUCCUUCGUCUUCGGGAAGCCCUUCUACACCAGCGUGCAGGAGCGGGACGUGCUCAUGAGCUUCUAACCCAGCCGGGAGAGACCAGCCCCUCCCAUCCGUCAAGAAAAGCCAAUCAAGGUCUGCCAUCCCCGGAAUCCGUCCAAUCUGAGCCACCCACAGUGCCACAGCAGGCCUGAAUGUGAAGAGCUGUAUAGCGCCGACCUGGCUCGUCCAAUAUGACAUAUGUGUGAAGUGAAGAUCGCAAUUGUCAGAAGCAUGUCUUGUGCCCUAAAGUGCAGUAAUAGGAGUUUGUGUGCUCUUCUGCUUCACAGUCAUUAACUUGCAGGCCUUAAGCCACAACUUCUGUAAGAGCCAUGUGGCCUCCAGAUUUAUGCCAUUGGUGUCCUGCAUGCUGGUGAAGUGGGCCUUUUUUUGUUGUUUUCAGAGAUUUUUUUUAUCCUCAUUUUGCCUGAGAGGAGUUGUCAGUGCUCAGCAGAUUCUUGAAAGUGAUUCAUUUGUGCUGCUAAAAGGAUUUAAAAGUCUGCCUGGAGCUCAGACAAUGGCUUUGCGUGAUUUGCCUUCUGUCGGAAAGUUAAAGUCAGCAUAAUAAAAACAAAGCCCUUCAUUUGGUCAUCUGUAGCUGAGAAGAAUUAAAGAAGCACUCCACCAGAAAUUGACGUUGGUGCAUUGCCUCUUAUCAAAAAAAAAAAAGGUAUAGUCUUUGUUUUCCUCGUGUCGCAGGUGUCCCCCGAGUGCUUCUAAACUGAGCUUCAUAAAAGCCACUGACGUCAACUGUUGUCGCACUCCUGCCCCCAGUGCUUGAUAAUAGCAGAUUCUCUUGUUAUUUGCGGAUUAUAGAGUGAAGGGACAUGGAUACCAGAACGGUCCGGCUCACUUUGUAGAGCGAUCGAUUCCAAAUUGAAAUGCCUUGUGACAAUUUGCUGUUAGAGACACUGAUUCAGUGGGGUAAUUCUGAAUGCAAUCAGUCACAGGGCUCCUCUGAAAAAACAACACUAAAAUCCUGGAAGGAGUUGAACGAAGCCAGUGCUUGUAGCAGUAGGUAAGGCCAUAAACCACACAUGCGAGUGCCCUUUUUUUUUGAGGAGCGCACCUUCGGUUCUGAGACGCGCCCAAACCCAGCACUUGCCCAUUUAGACUCCGGUGUCGAAUGACAUAAAUGCAUGCGAGACAGAGCUUCGAUAGUGUCGCCUUGAUGUUAACAAGCGCAUCCUCCCCGGAAAGCAUGCUCAAAGGAGCACUUUGUAAGGACGUAAAAUCGUGACUGCGUCAGUGUUUCUCGGAGCUUAAAAUCGUGACUGCAGCGUGCCUGGAUGUAUUACGUGUGUCAUUGCGAUUUAUUUUCUGGUAAUGAGGAUCACUUUUUGAUGCUGUCAAAGGGUUUUUUUGUGUGUCCCCCGCUCAGCAAAGUAAGAUACGUGUAAAAUGAUAUAUUAAUGGAACUGUCAUUCACGGUGAUUGUCUUGUCAUUUCAGUUUAGAGAUUUCCUUUUGAAAGCAUGCAAAGCACAGAUAAUUCAAUCUAAUGGGUCUGUAGUAAUAUCUUUUACCAUUAGUUCUGCAUUAAACAGGAAUUAGUUGUUAAUUACGACGUGCAAUUUAACUUUUUAUUUUUCCUUUUAACAACCGCCUUAAAGAAGCUGCCACAGACAAAAGGUCUGAAAAAUGGAUUUUCUUCUCAGGACACAUCCAGUUGUUCUCUCAGAUAUGUAUGUAAUUAAUCCUCUAAAUGGUUUUUUGCCAUCUCCCUCCUGCAUUCGUGCUUUAAGAAUACUUGA